GGGUCCUGGCCGGCAAUUCCUGGCGAUCAUCAGGUAAAGUUGACAGGGGAGAGACCUACAAGCUGUCUUGUAUCUCUCUGCACAGCAAACAGACACAAAGCAGCAUGUCUCCCUAGUAAAACACAGCUCACAGUAAAACACACACAGCACACAGUUAACCCUUUGAUCACCCCAGAUGUUAACCUCUUCCUGCCCAGUGUCAUUAGUACAGUGUCAGUGCUUUUUAUUAGCACUGAUCACUGAAUUAGUGUAAUUGAGAUGACAGUGGCAGUUAGUCAGUUCCCCCCAGUGUCAGAAUGUCC